AUGGUGGAGAAGAUUCUAAAGGAGAGGAAAUAUAAGAGUAGUUUGAGUAAAAAAUUGUUGGAAGAUUGCCUUAAGCUUUACUCCGAGGGCUUUCAAUCGUUAACCACUUCUUUGAAGUACCUCAAAGCGAGGAAAUUCCAAAAGGCUAGAGAAGGUUUUCUUGAUAAGAGAACUGGACCGACACUUUGCGAGUUGGAAUUCAACGGCGACAAUCAACAGAUAUCUCCGGUGAAGAAGGAGAACUAUGUUCUAGAGGACAUGAUCGACAUUCCUCACAUGAUAAAUACCAUAACCCAUAGACAAUAG